CCAUCUCACACGAGUUCAACAUACAAAGCUUCUGCUAAGGCACGGCUCUGAGUACUUGUAGCCAAAUCGACGCCCGGUAUGAUGGAUAUACCACCGCCACCUCCACCGCCAUCAGAUCACCUACCGCCGCCGCCUCCACCUCCGCCUCCACCACCUCCGUCCUCGUAUGCAAUUCCUCCGCCUCCACCUCCGCCAUCAAGUGAACAACAAGACUCAGCACCGCAGAUAGUGCCGCCAGCCAAGAAACGAAAACUUACCGGACCCGUAUCACAGCCUCUCAACGUCGAGGAACUGCUCGCCGCGAAAAAAGCCCAGGAUGCAGCUGCCGCCAAACCUAAAUUCCUUUCCAAGAAGGACCGCGAACGAAUAGCACAGGAAAAGAAGGAUCGCGAGCAGGCUUCGGCGAAAGCAAAUACUACAGCAUCGACGGUGAAGAAUGGUGCGCCUGCUGCUUCUCGGACGCAUGGCUCGCUCCCUCCGCCGGCGCCACGAGCGAUGCGCGGUGAGAUUCCGAGAGGACCGGCGGCCAUGGGAGGCCGGAGGAAUCAAGACAAAAGCUCCGCAGCGAUGCCACCUCCGCCACCACCACAAGAUGGCGCGACCUCUAACGGAGGACUCAAAUCUACGAAAGAGCGUAAGGAGGAAGCGGAGUUGAUCAAACAACGGUACAUGGGUGCUGAUACUCACAAUGUAUCCACCUUCUCAGCCAAGAAGAAGCGCAAGCGGACGACGGAAAAGAAGUUCAAUUUUGAGUGGAAUAACGAGGAGGACACAAGUCCCGACUACAAUCCUCUAUAUCAGUCUCGCGCCGACACGGCCUUCUAUGGUCGCGGCAAGCUCGGAGGUUACGCCGACGACGAAAACGACACAAACGCGCGCGCAUAUGCCGACGCGAUGAUCAAACUCGAUCCCGAAGCGGGCGCUCAGCGAGCGGCCUUGCUGAUGGACAUGGCUUUGAAGUCCCGUGAGAGCAACGGAAAGACGCGCAUAGAGAAACACUGGACCGAGAAGCCUCUAGCGGAAAUGAGGGAGCGUGAUUGGCGAAUUUUCAAGGAAGAUUUCAAUAUCGCUGUCAAAGGAGGAGGCAUUCCGAACCCCAUGCGCAAUUGGAGUGAAUCAGGAUUACAUCCGGACAUUCUCAAGAUCGUGGACAUGGUCGGAUACACGGAUCCCUCGCCUGUUCAGCGCGCGGCGAUCCCCAUUGCGCUACAGUCACGCGAUCUCAUUGGUGUCGCUGUGACGGGUUCAGGUAAAACUGCGGCAUUCUUGCUGCCGUUGCUGAUGUACAUCAAGGAUCUGCCGGCACUAAACGAACAGACUCGAAACGAUGGUCCGUAUGCCAUUAUCCUUGCCCCGACCCGUGAAUUGGCCCAGCAAAUUGAGAUUGAGGCCAAGAAAUUCGCAACUCCACUCGGAUUCAACUGUGUAUCGAUUGUCGGUGGCCACAGUAUCGAGACACAAAGUUUCAGCAUGCGAGAAGGUGCGGAAAUCAUCAUCGCAACGCCCGGUCGUCUGGUGGAUUGUAUCGAGCGGCGUGUGCUAGUCCUCUCACAAUGCUGCUACGUAAUUAUGGACGAAGCAGAUCGCAUGAUCGAUCUUGGCUUCGAAGAGCCUGUGAACAAGAUUCUCGACGCUUUGCCGGUGUCGAACGAGAAGCCCGACAGCGAGGAGGCGGAAGAUGCAUAUGCGAUGCAACACCGCGGCGCGGGUGCUCAUCAGAGAUACAGACAGACAAUGAUGUACACCGCAACCAUGCCGGCCGCUGUGGAACGCAUCGCGCGCAAAUAUCUCCGGCGUCCUGCGCAAGUUACGAUCGGAAAUGUUGGCGAGGCUGUCGAGAGCGUUGAACAACGCGUGGAGUUUGUCGCUGGCGAAGAUAAGCGCAAACGUCGUCUAGAAGAGAUUCUUCAUUCUGGUCAAUUCGUCGCGCCGAUCAUCGUGUUCGUCAACGUCAAACGAAACUGCGAUGCCAUCUGUCGCGAAGUGCAGCGCAUGGGCUUCAGCAGCAUUACUCUACACGGAUCCAAAACACAGGAUCAGAGAGAGGCAGCACUUGCUUCGCUGCGGAAUGGUUCCACUCAAGUUUUGGUUGCCACCGAUUUGGCUGGGCGUGGUAUCGAUGUGCCCGACGUCUCUCUCGUCGUCAAUUUCAAUAUGGCGACGAAUAUUGAGAGCUACACGCAUCGUAUCGGUCGUACCGGUCGUGCUGGCAAGACUGGUGUCGCCAUCACCUUCCUUGGUAAUGAGGACAGUGAUGUGUUGUACGAUCUCAAGCAGAUGAUUAGCAAGAGUGGCAUCUCCAAGGUACCGGAGGAGCUCCGGCGCCAUGAGGCUGCACAGCAGAAGUCGACCAAAGGUCGAAACCAGAAGAUAGAGGACUCUGGAGGCUUCGGCGGCAAGGGAGGCUGGUCAUGAGUGGCAAACUCUACA